AACCAUGAAACCAUCUGUCCGUUUCAAUACUAAAGAGGAUGACGACCAAGAUGCCAGCAAAUGGUCCAAUUCAAGGAAAAAAUAUCGUGAUCAUUAUUUCGCACGUAAUGGGCGAGAUCGUGAGGACAAGGAAGAAAAAGCGGAGGACGAUGGUGACGAAUACUACGAAUCGGUAUCAGGAUCAGAUGAUUCUGAAGAUAUCCAGUCGCCUGGCUAUUCUAUGGGCGGAUUUCCCAAUGAACCAGAAGUUGAUAAUAACGAAUACUUUGAUAACCUUUUUGCUAAUGGUGCCACUCUAACAGGUGACGCGAAAAAAGAGCGAAUCGCUUGGCAGAGUAUGCUAUCGUCUGUGCUCACCGGUGAGGUAAUCAAAUCAGAAAAAAGGCGCCUUUCUGGCUCGAACUCAGAAGAAGCCGCAAGCAUAAAUUAUCAAAUAUGGCUUGGCGUCCGUGCAAUCACGCGAUGCCAUUUGAUUACCGAAGAAAAAUCUAUUGUGGAUGAGAUGCGACGGCAUGUUGAUGACGUUCUUCAGGAAGUAAUAGAUUUCAAGGUAAAGCCUGGACAUGUAUCGGCUUUAGAUCAAGUAGGAAACAUUUUGAAAAAAGUGCGUCGAUGUGAGAAUUUGUAUCCUUCGCGUAGGGCAAUGAUGAAUGAAAAAUCACUGUAUAAGUCAAAAGAAUUUCAAUAUAGUUUGGACGCGCUUAAUUCCUGGCUCACAAUUACAGAGAGUUUGCAGACGCAACUAAAGAUUCUACAAAAUUGGACCGGAAGUGAAACGCUUGAAAUAGCUCGGCCAAAGGAUGCACCAGCUAAUGCUGAAAAUUCACCUUUCAUAGAAAGAAUUCUAAAAGAAAAUGGAUUGAAACGUACGUUUGAUAAACGGACACUUUCUACUUUACAUACACUAUUAUCCAAAGCAAAGCGUGUUAUGAUUGACAACGCCGAUGCGUUUGCCAAAAUGAAUCUUCCCCCAUAUGUAGAUGAACUACAAAAACUAUUAAACUUUCCCACAAAGCUUAUGGAAGAAUGUAUGAAAUUGUUACUCGAAUAUCCCACAUUAUCAGAACCAACUAUUUUGAUGAUUGAACAGCAAAUGGAAGAUUUUCGAGUAUCACUUGAGCUCGCUUGUAAAAUAAAACAUCAAUAUCUGGAACUUAUUAAACCGGCACCUGGGUGGGACAUUCCACCUUGUAUCGAUGAGAAUUAUAAUACUGUACUACUGGAUUUACUAAAGUUCUAUUUUAAAUUAUUGCAAUGGAAACUUAAAGAUGGCGCAAAAACCCUAUUUUUUAAAGAAGCCGAAAUUCUAGAAUAUGAAUGGUCUUUUCUUAGUGAAAUAUGUCAGCAAAUUGGUGGUGGUGAUUCUGUGACAGCUGCAGAAGUAUGUUCAUUAACUAAAACACUACUUCAGAGUGUCAUGAAAUACUUUGAAUCGCAAUUAACUCUUCCUGAUAAUUUGGAUGCAAACGGUAUCACAAAAUGGUACAACAAAAUUUUGGAAACUGUACGAUUGAGGGCGCCUCUCGAGCGCACAAAUCAUGUGUUAGUUUAUCCGGACACUUUUGAAGAGAACGGUGUAUGUAUAGUCGUCGAACCGUCGUUGGAAGAUGAUCCGGAAAUGAUUAGAAAGUUGCUUAAAGCAGUUUUCCCACUAUACGUAAAACAACCAGAUAAUGACGAGGAACUAGAAGAUUUAAAGUAUCUUUUGAUUCUGUCACCAAGAGUGCCAUUUGAAUGGAACGGCCCUUAUGUGAACAUAUCAUUGGAAGGCAUCAAUAUCGAGUUAAAGAGUCAUCGUACAAGACUAGUAGCUGAUGCUGCUUACCCUCGUCUUCAAGCUUGUAAACAAAAGUUCAGAACCGCUGUUGAAGGAGUCGAAAUUCAAUGUGUCACAGAAUCACGUGCCAAUGUGCAAAGCGUCAAUCGCGAAAUGCAAAAAAUCAAAAAAACUAUAAAUAAUUUUGUCACCUCUAUAAUCCAAAGUGUCAGUCAUAUUCGUAAAAUUACCCAUGGUAUAGAGUGUCAAGAACUGAUUGAAAACUUUUUCAGCUUCGCUGCGGAAUUUGGUCAACGAUGCCUGCGUUAUAUGCAUCAUCACAAAGCUCGAAAUGAGCUAAAUAUAAAGCUUAAUCGGUUAGCGAUCGAUUGGGUUAGUUUUAUUUGUGAUGAUUGUGUGCCCACCGAUAGAAAAACAUUUCGAUGGGCUGUUAUUGCUUUGGAAUUUGCUAUGGCGACAAAUCGUGGAAAUAACAUUCUAGGUCUUGAAGAAACUGACUUUUCUAUGCUACGAAGUAAGGUAUCGAUCUGUAUGACACUGCUUAUUUCGCAUUUUGACAUUCUUGGUGCUCGCUCAACACACGAAACUCAAGAACGGCAGCGACAAGAAGCAGCAGUCAGAGGCAUUCCAAAAUAUUCUUUACAAUAUCAAGACGACGAUUCCAAAACUGAUGGCGAAGAAACAUUGGUAGCACGUGUUGAAUGGCUGGCCAGUCUAAAAAGGCUCGAGACUGAACUAGCGAAAAAAGAAAUGGAUCAAGGAUUAAUUGGCAAAGUACUCGACGACAAUCAACCUGAAAAUAAACAACUUGUAUUUCUUGCGUCAUCCAGUUCGAAUAUUAGUCUUCGAUGGCAGCAGGGUAAAUUUUUAGGCGGUGGAACUUUCGGAUCGGUAUACGUAGCAACAAACAUUGAUUCUGGCGAAGUUAUGGCUGUCAAGGAAAUUCGUUUUCAAGAUCCGUCUUCGUUGUCGACACUUGUAAAAUCAGUCAAGGAAGAAAUGUCUGUUAUGGAGUUGCUUAACCAUCCAAAUAUCGUCAAUUAUUAUGGAAUAGAAGUACAUCGUGAUAGAGUUUAUAUAUUUAUGGAGUAUUGUCAGGGUGGAUCGUUGGGGGAUAUAAAACCGGAUAAUAUAUUACUUGACCAUGAAGGUAAUAUAAAGUUUGUGGAUUUUGGUGCAGCUAAAAUCCUCGCAAAAAAUCAAAAGACUUUGGGUCGGACGACUGUACAGCAAAAAACACACGUGCACAGUCUUACGGGAACCCCAAUGUACAUGGCACCAGAAAUCAUCACAGGUGAGGAAAAAGGCCGAAAAGGUUCAAUGGACAUCUGGUCAUUAGGAUGUUGUGUGCUCGAGAUGGCGACCGGUCGACGUCCAUGGUCAAAUCUCGAUAAUGAAUGGGCAGUGAUGUAUCACGUGGUGUCUGGCCAUCCGCCACUUCCCGAUCCAUCCCAAUUAUCCGAACGUGGGAUCGACUUUUUGAAAAGAUGUUUUACGCGGUCAUCUGCUGAACGACCGACUGCCAAAGAACUGUUAGAGGACCCAUGGAUACAGGAGAAUCUGGAAACGCCGGACGAUAUGGGUGCUUCAAACGAUUGGAAAUCAGUAGCAACUAGCAAUGGAACAUCUGUUGCCAGCGAUUCGAAUCAGUAUUUUGCGUCUGCGAAUACUACACUUGCAGCUGACUCGUUAGUCGAGAGUGAUGGAGAGAGCAAAAAUCUGAAAGUUUUAAAUGACAAAAUUACUAAUGAUAAGUCGUCAUCACCUAAUAAUGAUUCAGUGGACAGUGUUUCAAAGCUGGUUAAAGAAGUUGUUAACUAA